AUGAGUGACAAUAAUCCGUCAGUACUAGUAUUCCACGUGAAACCGACAACUACUAAUGCUGUUAUACGAUCGGCACCAAUUAAGCAAUAUUUUCAAGGUUUAACAUCAAAUGUUGACGUUCUCUAUCCAACACAAGCUAAUAUUGGACUUCUUUUAUGCAAAGCGAAAAGGACGCAAGAGAAAAUUCUUAAUAUGCAGCAUAUAAUGAAUGGAGCUACAAUACAGUUAUCUCAAUUACCUAGGCAGAUUUAUGAUCAAACUCGUUCUACAUUAAGUGUUCAUUCAAUUCAACAAAUUGGACCUUUAAUGCAACAGUAUUUACCAUUUUUAGAUGCGUCGGGAGGAAGAAUACACAAUAACCAAGAUGGCUCAGUAACUCUAGAAUCAAAUGUAUAUUUACUCAAUGCAAUCAAUUCCUUUAUGUUGAAUAAAUUAUCGCAAAAAUCUAAUCAAUCUCAUUCAACUAAUGAACCAAUAGCGUUAAAAAGUGGUAAUGAACCAAUAAUUUCAAAAAGUCUUAAUGAACCAAUAAUUUUAAAAAGUGGUACUGUGACAACAAAAGUGAUGUGUGGAAAACUUCUUGAACAAAAAGUCGAAGGAAUUUUAAUACCGACGAAUGAUCGUUAUAUUAUGCACGACGUAUCUCAAAUUCUUAAAGAAUUAGCAAUAAAAGGCAUCAGAGCUCGCGAAGGCGAAUUAAUACCAUUUCCAAAUCGUGAAGUUAAAGUACCAGCCCGUUAUUUCUUUGUAUUUAUUGUUCCACAUUUAAAUUCAUCUAUGUUAAAUCCUACCAGUCUCGAAAAUUAUCAACCAACAUACGAAUUACUAAUUUAUAAAGCACUAACUACCAUUGAUAGUAGCAAAAUAGUCAGUUUAGCAAUGCCCAUACUGAAACCAGUUGAGACGGAAAAAAAUCGUUCAGUUACUGAUUUGACCACUCGUGCAAUGAUUAGCGCAAUAAAACAAUUUUCUUUGUCGAAACCUGCAUCAUUAAGAAAACUCUCUAUUGUUGAUCAUGAAUUACUAAUAAAACCGCUAACUAAACGAUUGAUUCGAUAUAAGAAUAUUACAUCAAAACAUAAUUCUCGUCACUCUCAUCAUCAACAACAUCAUAGUAAUCCAUUCAUUAAUCCGCCACCGAUUCAAACAUUGCAAGAGUUAAACAUGGAUGAUGAACAUUCGUUCCCCAAAGUAUUUAGUGUUCCAGCUCAUCGAUCAAGAAAAGAAGAGGACAGCGAUAUCGCAACUAGUGAUGAAGAAUAUGAUGAACCCUCAGAAUAUUUGAGGGCGUAUGAUUUUUCAAGCAAACCGCAUUAA